AUGAAAAAAAAAUAUUGUACUGUUAGUAGCAUGUACAUGCGUAGUAUAAGUCCCAUCAGGAAAUAAAAUUAAGAGUAUUAAGAAUCAUAAAUACAUUAAAAAAUGGACCCACUGUACAACUGUCAUUUAUACAACUUAUACAAUCUAUUCUGUACUGAGUACAUGUAUGUGUCAAUGGCCAAGGAUCAAUCAAAUAAAGGAGAAGUUCAAGAAUUUCAGUUUCUUUCCACUGCACGAUAACAGCCCUGUAAAUGGCAAAAUGUCAUCCAGUUUGUGCAGCACAAUAUUCUUCAACUUUUAUGUACACUGUACUUCAUACUUGUUUGGUGGAAUACACUGUACAGUACAUACAGUGUACAUGGUGUAUGUAGUAAUAAUUAAUUAUAACAAUACCCUUUAAGUUACAAUAUUCAUAUACAAAUUCUCCAGUUCUCCAUGCAUGUACAUUUUCUUUAAGAAUAGAGAGACUGUGGUAUUAAGAAGAUCAAUAGAUGGAACAGUAGAAUGGUUUAGGUCAUAUCUUACGGGCAGGAAUAAUAUGUUUGUGUAAAUGGGUGAUUCCAGAAAAUAUCCAUACCCUACCACGGGUGGCAUGAGUAUUUUAACCCCCCCUUGCCCUCGGAAAUUCCAAAAUGCUUAUCCCCCCCCUUGCCCUCCGAAUUCCAAAAUCGCUAACCCCCCCUCUCCUCCGGAAUUUUCCACUUUUGUUUCAGACCCUUUGGAAUUUCUGUUCGUCUGUCUAAAUCUUCAAACGAACGAGAAACUUGCACUUUUUCCCUCUGCAAAAGAAUUCUGUUCACAAUUUUUAGUCAGACGAUCGAGCAACUCAAGUUUGUUAAUGAAUGAAAAGUAACUAUUAUAAUUUUUUGAGGUAAACCUCUCCCCGACUCUUCCAGUUCUAUUGGCAAAUAUACGUCCGUUUAAGGAUAUCAGCUCCUGGAAUAAAUAGUUAUUUCGAGGAAAAAUAACUAUUUAGAACUGAAUGAUCAAAACACUUGCGCAUAAACAGUUUUGAAUUAAACAGCGCAUCAAAAGGCACGCUGUCGGAUUUUACUACCUACAUGUUGGCGUGAAAAUCGGCGUGAAAUACAAAAUUUGUCAGGCGUUCUAUUUGGAAACGAGAGACUGGUGCGAGUUUUCAGCACGCAACAACACAUCGUCGAUCGACAAUCGGCGAGAAACACCGACUUGGUUAUAUUUUUAUUAAUCAGUUGACUAAUUCAUCAACUUUAAGGCCUCUUCGAUGUGGAGCUUGCUGCAAAAACCCAUCUGCUUAACCAUCUGCAUGAACGCAUACUUCUUUCGUGGUCGGUUCGUGCUUCAUUUACAAACUGGGAAUGUUAACAGGUCAGCGAUUUCAAGCGGAGCUUUAGCCGUCUUUCCUCUGGAAAUUCACUGAAUUCAGAGCUGAAACACCCCCCUCCCCCAUGCCUUUGGAAUUUCAAACUCUGUUACCCCCACGUCUUCGGAAUUCCAGUCCAAGAAACCCCCCCUCUCCCUCGGAAUUCCAAGAUGCCGCCCGUGGUAUGGUAUGGAUAUUUUCUGGAAUCACCCAAUGGGUGUUGCUCCUCCAGUCAACAACCACUACAGGGAGUUCCUCAAGGAUCUCUCCUGGAGCCUACUCUUUUCCUUAAUUUUGUAAAUGGCAUACCUUUGAGUCUGCGUGACGCUACAUGACUCUAGUAAUAUGGUUUUUGUUUAAAUGUUUGUUUGUUUUCUUUUUACACAGGAAAGCCUUUUGUUGUACCAAAUGGGAAAUCUUGAAGGGUGUAAGCAAUUGAGCGAAGAAUUGUGUAACCAAGCAGUAAAGUUCAAUUCACCCAACUACAAUGUCAUUGCUGGAAAGGCCAAAAGUGUUUUGUCCGGUGCUUACAAACAGGAAAGGAGGUUUACGAAGGCUGAAGAAGUCUUGGAGUCCUCUACGGAGGUUGGCAACUGAACACUUCUAUCACACCAUGUAAGGAAAUCCAAGAUAUUCUUGGAUUCUGGAUUGCAUUCUGCUGGUUCUGGAUUCCAGGCUCUGUAUUCCAGUCUUUGUCAGUGGAACUUGGAUUCUGGAUUCCAAUGUUUAGUGCCCGUGGGAUUCCAGAUUCCUUGAGCUGUGUUCCAGAUUCCAACACCAAAAAUUCCAAAUUCCACAAGCAAAAUUUUCCCGGUUACACGGGAUCUGGAUUCUAUUACAUGGGGCGACUUCCAAGUAACAUUAUGAAUGGUUACUCCGUUGAAAAGUAACGAUCUGAAAAUUGAUUUGAAAAUGUGUUGUUUUGCAGCUGUUAGAGGGAGUUGUUCCCGGAGAAGAGACUGCUAUUAACCGCACUUGUGUUGCUGCCCUGUUCUCUGAGAAAGCUGCUGUUGUGGGAAUCACCAAAUUGGAAACCAAGAGAAUGAAGAAAGCCAUGAAAGCUGCUCUUAUCCAUUAUGGGCACCAACUUGAUCGAGGUCUGAACACGAAUGCGCGUGGUCCAAGGCGAUCAUUAAUCAGAUAA